CUCGUGGUGUGGAAUUCCUUGUAGCGGGCGCGUGCCGCUUCAAAGAGGGAAAAAAUCCAGCAGUUGUUUAAAAAAAAAAAAACAAUAAUAAAUACAAAUCCAAGAUGGCGGAUGUGAGAGUGAGAGAGGAGCCAGUGAGGUCUGCCACCCCGAACAGGAAGCUGAACAGCUCUUUAGGAGAACCAGACUUUGGUUCCCCCAGCAGAGAUGAACAGCAGCUCCUGUCAGUACCAUUUUGUGGAAGUAUUCGAGGUGGGAUGAGACCUGGGAAGAAGCUCACCAUCAUGGGCAUCAUGGAUCCCGAGCCAGACGGUUUCGACAUCAGUCUGACGUGCGGUUGUGACGACGUGGCACUGGAGGUCAGCGCGAGGUUUGAGGAUCGCCAGCUACUGAGGAACGCGCAUGUCUCCGGCUCGUGGGGGGAGGAGGAGACCGCCAUCCCUUUCUUCCCGUUCCUUGCCGGACAGCCAUUCAAGCUGGAGAUUCACUGUGAGCACCAGAGCUUCCGUGUGUUUGUUGACGGUCAGCCGCUGUUCGAUUUCUACCACCGCCUGCGCUCGCUAAUAUCCAUCGACACCAUUCAGAUCAACGGCAACCUGAGCAUCACCAAACUCAACUGAGCAGGAUACCAUCUGCAUUCCAGGACCAACACCGACAUGAACCUCUGCCUUUACACCACAAAAACUUAAAGCUCUGAAAUUGUAACCGUGUUCUGCGUUUGAGCUUUCCAACCUGCAGCUGAUUAUAGGAAUUGCUCACACACACACACACACACACACACACACACACACAUGGUAUCUGCAGCUAUUUUCUGUUUGUUUUUUUUGUUUUUUUAUGAGGAUGUAAUCCUUAGCGCUCUUCAGAGAGAACAGGACGUAGAUGUUUCGUCCUGGUGAAGAUGUUUAACGCCCACGCCGAGACGACACACCACAAAGCUCCUCUGUAAAGAUCUCCACCACCAGCAGGAAGCAUAGUUCAUGUGUAUCAUUUCUGGCCCAGAAAUGUGUCAUGCGAUGAAGAAACCAUAUACAUGGUUUAAAAAAUUUUAAUACAUUUAAAUAUUAAUAUUUAUAAAGUGCCUUUUUAAUUUUUUUAUAAAUAAUACUGAUCCAGAACCAUGUUACAAACCACUCCUUUAAAAGAGUUCAUUAUGUCCAUCAAUGUUUAUUUAAGGAAGUUCACUGUACAGCCAAAAGUUUGUGGACACCCAAGCAUAAGAUUACUACAUUCUCCAGAUAACUUUAGGUGUUCCACUAGAUUUUGUGGAGAUGAAAAGCAGAUCUUCAUGGAGCCGGCUUCGUGCACAGGGGUAUCGUCAUGCUGGAGUGGGUUUGUGUCUCCAAGUUCAAUUCGGUGUAAAAUUCGCACCGUGGACUUUAGAAGUUUUUUCUUCACGUUUGUCUCAGAGCCGACGAGAGCCGGCGGUUUAUCAUCACAGAUGCGGAAAAGUCGCACACGGCCGCUUUAACGACGUCGAAAACGUUGUGCAACUGGAAUUAAAUACGCCUGUAAAAAAAAAAACACCACAAAAAUAAACAUGCAGGUUUUCUGAUGAUACGAGUCGAUACUCAGGAACGCAGCAGAUGUUUGUGUAAAUGUGUGGAAAUAUUAUAUAAUAUACAAAGUAUUUUCGUUUUGUUUUCCAGACAUUCCAAUGACCGAAUAAUGAAGUGUAUAUGAGGAAGAUAUUAAUACCAAUGAAGGUGCUUUCUUGUAAAACAUUGUGUGUGUGGUUUUUUUUUGGCCUGUUGCAAUGUUUGUUUGUUUCCUGAUCUCUAAUCAAUUAAAUCCUUCUAAUCAGCG